UUUACCAGCUUGAUAAAGAGAAUUCCAGGAAUGACAUGUUGCUUUCUUCCUUACACUUCAUCGACAACCAGUCAAUUCACCUCAAGAGUUGUUACAUCCAAUGAUAUUCCCCAGUCUCCUUAUCGCACAGCGCCACAGGGACCUAACCCAGCCCUGCCCAAAGGUCCCAAUAGAUCACUUCUUAGCAAGGACAUUAUUCAAGCUACAGGUCCUAACAUGAAGCACAGAAGAGGACCAGACCCCCAUAAUGUUGGGAUGAGGGUAGUUGCGGUGGGCCCAAAUCCAGCUUUGGUACAGGGCCCAAUCAAUGUACUGAAUGGACGUUCAAUGCUUGUAACCUCCUUGUAAUAAUUUGAAAGGAAUUGUUAAAACAUUAUUGUUCUGAUCAGAUGCUCAAUUAAUUGACAUGCAGAGAAACAUCUAUCAGAGAAU